AUGGCCGACUCCGGUAGACAGUCUUUCACCGACAAGAUGGGCGCGUCGGCGAAGCCGGACUCUCAGAAGUCCAUGACCGAACAGCUCAGCGACACCGCGAAGGGUGCCUAUGACUCCAUGGCAUCGUCCAUGCAGCCUGAAAGCGAGAAGUCGUACACCCAGAAGGCUGGGGAUGCGAUGAGCGGGAACUCCAACGAGAGCUCGCAGUCCAUGUCCGACAAGGCGAAGAACGCUACGGGCAUGAACAACUGA